AUGUCGUCCCGAACAUUUCCUCGUCAAGUGUCAAUUACUUCAGACCAUGGCUCAACAGAGAAAUUCGAUGAACCGCAAGUUCUGGCGCAUCCUCCUCCCACAAUUCCCAAAGCAGCUCCUCUCUCAAUUCUCCCCCUGUCCUCAAUCACCAGAUCGUUGGCGAUAACGUCAAUUUCCUCCUCGCCUCUCCUCCUCGGCCCCUCACUAGCAAUAAUGUCCAGACUCGCACACUCCACAUCCCCCCUCCUCUCCCCCGACACCAACCUCUUCCUGCGAUACUUCCUCAAACGAACCUUCUACCGGCAAUUCUGCGCCGGCGAAAACGCCCUCGAAGUCAAACACACAGCCGACUCCCUAAAAUCCAUUGGCUUCAAAGGCGUAAUCCUGGGCUACGCAAAAGAAGUAGUAAUGGAUGAGACACAAACGGCCUCCCUCUCCUCCUGCUCAGACACCAAUUCCGAGACAGCAGAAGCCUGUAUUCGUAACGAGAUCAUACCCUGGGCAAACGGCACCCUCGAGACUGUCCGUAUGACCGCACCCGGCGAUUUCGUCGCCUUAAAAUUUACAGGUGCAGGCAGCCAAGCUUUAUACGACCUCUCGAACCAGAGGGAUCCGUCACCUCCUCUCAGAGAAGCAAUAGACUCCGUCUGCAACCUUGCCGCUGAGCGGGGCGUCCGGUUACUAUUCGACGCAGAGCAGCAAGCAGUGCAAGCUGGCAUCGACGCCUGGACUCUAGGAUACAUGCGCAAAUACAACAAGCCCUCCCCUUCCAACAAUGGGAAAGCAGUGAUCUAUGGAACGUACCAAGCAUAUCUAAAAGCCACACCUUCCGUCCUGGCCUCGCACCUCGCGACCGCACGUCAAGAUGGCUUCACAUUAGGCGUCAAGCUCGUGCGCGGUGCCUACCUAGGCUCCGAUCCUCGUCAUUUGAUCUAUGACACGAAAGCGCAGACAGAUGCUGCGUAUAACGGCAUCGCCGAAUCGCUGGCUCUCCGCUGCUACAACUCCAUCCUCAAACCAGCUUCAGGAGAGAGUGAGGGGAAAUAUCCGGGAGUCAAUGUCGUCUUAGCGGGACAUAACCACACUUCAGUCCGCCGCAUCCAAAGCCUCCGCACUUCCCAAGCCCAACAGGGAUUGCCACAGACCGAACUAGUCUACGCACAGUUGCAAGGUAUGGCUGAUGAAGUGUCUUGUGAGCUGGUGCAAGCUGGGAUGGUUGAGGAGGGAGAGGGGAUGAAGGUGGAUGUCGAUGUACCCAAAGCGUAUAAGUACCUUGUGUGGGGGACGACGGGGGAGUGUAUGAAGUAUUUACUGAGGAGAGCGCAGGAGAAUAGGGAUGCGGUUGAGAGGACGCUGGAGGGGAGGAAUGCGAUGGCUGCGGAGCUGUGGAGACGGAUGAAGAGUGCUAUUAGGCUGGGCCCUUAA